CAAAUAGUAUUAAUAAAAUAAUUGAUCAAAUUGACAAUAAAGCUAAACUUGAUGAAUCUUUAAGUUUGUUUAUUGCAUGGCUUACAAAAAUUGAUGACAAACUAUUUAAAGUUGAAUCAUUUAACAACUGUUAUGCUGCAUUAGCAUGCUACUUAUGUGAAAAUUCUUCUAUUCCGAGUAAUAUUGAUAGUUUAAAUCCUAAAAUCCUCAAGCUAUUUGAGAUUCCUAUGAAUGAUCCUGAAAAAAUUAAAUUAUACAAGUAUCGCCCAAGAAUGCCGUUGAAGAAAGCUACAAAUAACAUUAUACUUCAACAUCCCAAAA